UGCAUAUAUUUGCAUGUUAUGGUUGAGCCCCACCAUAGCCAUCUGUGAACGUCAACCCCUAUUUUCACUCUCUCCUCUUACUCUAUUCGCGCGUCGUUAUGUCCUCCAUCCCUGUUGAUGCACCUCCUGCCUAUUCAGAGCGCCUCACCCACCGUGCCUCCACCUCGACUGGCGCGUCCCUCCAUGUUGACGGAGUCAGCUGCGACGGAUGCUAUCAGCCUAUCAAGCUGGGUGUUCGAUACAAGUGCCAGGACUGUCAGAACUACGAUCUCUGUCCGGACUGCUGUGAUGUGCCUCCGCGGGACCACCCCAGUUGGCAUUCGUUCCUGAGGGUUGGGUCCAACUCGCAAAUGCCAAUACACCAGGGAUAUAUUUGUGACGGGUGCAACCAGACGCCGAUUCAUGGCAAGCGCUAUGUCUGUAAGACCUGCAAGAACUUUGACCUUUGUGAAGGCUGCAAGAUAAGGCAGCCUCACUACCAUCCCACUUGCCACAGGUUCAUUUGCAUUGCUUCGCCUGCAAUGAAUACCUACCACUACCAACAAGUCUGCGACGGAUGCAACAUGUCACCCAUUCGAGGACCCAGGUAUCGUUGUCAAGACAUUCGGUGUCAGCCAAUUAUUGUUGGUUUUGAUCUGUGCUCGGAUUGUAUGGAAGACGGUACGAAGCAUCCAGGAGACCACCUCAUGCUUCGUAUAACUGGUCAUCCCCGUUGUAUAUAACACUUCUACUGCUUCCACUCAAUCUACUUGCACUGGUCCAACUUAUUCUGCUAUUUCCUCUCCGACUCGUCCUACUACUGCACCAGUCCGCACUGUCGAUACCCCCCCGUACAAGCCACUGCGGGCCCCAGCCGCAGGUCGAGACUGCUAUCGGUUUGGUCUGGUUAGGUUCUCACCAUGAUCACGAUUUUUAGCCUCAUAUUUUCCUGCUAUACCGUCGGUCG